AUUUCAUGUAGCACAUUUUUAAUUUUUUUAAUGGCGCUGCCCAUGAUACCGGCAAUGGCGCCAAUAAUAUUGACAGUUUUAAUGAUAUUGACAAACGUUAUCUCCUCUUAUGGAGCUAAGCUAAAUGCACCUAAAGUAUUGUUACCAUACUAUAGUUCUGUCAUAACAAAUUUCACUUUACAGGUUGAAUAUUCCCCUGAAGAAUCUUUGGUGGCCAACUGUUAUAGAUGGCGAUCUACAAAUCCAGAAAUAGCCCAAGUUCAACUUGUCAAUUCCACGGACAGUAUUUGUGCUCAAACUGCCAUUGUGUCUGCUAUUUCCAAGACCCCUCACCAGAAAGCUACCGUUAUAUUAGCAGAGAACAAAGUUACAGGGGAGAUACUCAGAACCAAUGUCAUUGUCGGAGAAAUUGUUCGUCUUGAAAUAGAGACAACAACAAGGUUGCUUUUUCUAGAAGAUUCUCCAGAAGAGUUGAUAGCCAGAGGGUAUGACAGCGAAGGAAAUAUAUUCUCAAACCUGGAGGGACUCUCCUUUGAAUGGAGCCUGAUCUCUGACAAUGAAACUGGCCAGGAAAUAGUUGAUGCUCAUAACAUAUUGAGGAUCAAAAGGUUCACAGAUUCGCACUACACUACCCCGCGGCACAUUGCUCCUUUAGAAGCUCAGGGGAAACAAGGUGACAUGAUACUUGUUGAAGGAAUACGAACAGGAAGUGCCAAGGUUUCUGCUCGAUUGAAGGACCCUGCAUACAAAAACAUUAAGCCCCAUGAUGUGAGAAUAAUGGUCAUAGCCAACUUGAUGUUAUCUCCUCUGGAAGCCUAUGUAUUGACCCAUGGUCAAGUGAAAUAUAGAGUGGAGAUUCUAAAGCACAAUUCUUUAAAAGAAAUAGAAAUGCCUUCCAAGCAGUACUAUCUGGAAGUGAAAGAUGGAGACAUUUGCAGUUUUGACAGGAAGACCUCAAUGGCUACAGCUCUGGCCAUGGGAUCUACAGAAGUUGUGCUGAAAGAUAGAAAUAUAAUCGGAACAGAUUUCUUCCGGCAGCCUUCAGCGCUCAUUCACGUUGUGUCUCCUGGAUUCCUGGUCUUUGUUAUUUUGCCACAUAGAAAAUGGAUUUUAGAAACUGGCAGGGAGUAUGAAAUUUAUUUAGAGAUUUAUGACACUGACAGUCACAUGAUCUACCCAUCAGAUAAUGUCAGGGUUGUGGCGGAGUUUGACAGUGCCUACCUGAAAGUCCUUUUCUCAAGUGUGAAUGGAACUUACCAUAUAGUGAGAGCUUUGAUCAAAGGUGAUACUGUUAUAGAUGGGACGCUGGUCAGUGUCAUUGAUAAACAAGGUCAAGAGCACGCUAUUCGCCCGGAAGUCAAGCAGAGCCAGGACGUUGAGAUCUAUGAUCCUAUCGUUGUUACACCUGCGCUGCUGAUAUUUCCCUGGGAUCCAGUUACAAGAUGUCAUCACAGAUUUGUUGCCAAAGCCACUGGAGGCAGUGGUGAGUAUGUUUGGACUAUGACCAACACAAGUGUGGCCACUGUAGAUGCCAAAGGUAAAAUCAACACUGUAGGUCCUGGCACUACCAACAUCACAGCAGCGGACGCCAAGAACUCUAUUUAUUAUGGUACAUCUGUGGUCCAUGUCCUGCCACCGACAGAAAUCAAAUUUCCGUUGUCCCGUGUGGAGGCAUCUGUCGGAACUACCUUACAGCUUCCUCUGGAAGUUCUGACAAAAUUAGGAAAGGCCCAGUAUAGCUUCACAGAUUGUCGCCAGCUCCCACUAAACAUAACAUUUAGUGAUUUUUCUGUUUUUGAACAUGUUGCCAAAGAUGAGUUAACCAUUGACCUGCCAGAAAAGGGCUGUACCACACUGACCUUUCUAGCUAAACAUCAUGGACACACGGAGGUCGUUGUGACCUACCAAAGUAAAAAUGUUAUACUGGAAGCCUCGGUGACCAUAGCAGCUUAUAACCCGUUAAAGGCAGUUGAUCCAGAAGUUGAAGUUGUCAUUGGACUCGCCUCAUCCAAAGAAAUUCUCUUCAAUGGUGGGCCUCAGCCAUGGAUCCUUGAUUCUUCUAAGUUUUUCCAGGACUUGAAGCCUGCUAGACAAGACUUGGUCAGAACAGAGAAAUCUUCUGCUGUGGCCACUGGGAGGGGAGUUCACUCCUUUGUCGUGUUUUGUCGAGACUUUGGUGAGCAGGAAAUCCAUCUGUCUGUUGGAAAUGGUAAAACUGCUAAAAAUCAGUUUCCUGUGACUGAGACCACCUUUAUCAGGUUCAUAUGUGCCCGCCCAGUUGAGCUCCAUCUUCAGCCGCUAAUAAAGCUUAACUCCCAGCUUCCUCCCUGCCCACUCCAGCGAGAGAAAAAUGUGCCGAUGCCGAUUCACUAUGCCAAAGAUCUAGAGCUACUUGUUGUGGUCACUGAUUCCAGUGGCCGAAGAUUUGACAACUUUUCCUCUUUGGCGAUUGAGUGGUCAGUGUCUGCCCCAAAUUUGGCUGACCUCCUUUAUACCAAGGAUUUGAAGAGUCAAUUGGAUGUUCAUUCUAGUGGGAAGAAGACAUUGAAUUUGUAUCAAACUGUAAAGCCACACAGAAAAACUGGAAACAUCAUCAUCACUGCUUCAAUUGAUUGGUAUAAAGUGUCUGCCUCCAAAGCUUUUGGAAAACCAUUGGAAAGAAUAACUCCUGCCAUCAAGAAAUCUUUAGAGUUGAUGUUAGUGGAAGAAGCAGUUCUGUCCCCUGCCUCGGUCUCAGUCUUUAACCAUCCUUCAAAUAAGGUCAACAUAGAGCUCCGCCAUGGCUCAGGUUAUUUCUAUUUGGAAGAGUUUAAAUCCCAGGUCUUGUCUGCUAAAUACGACCAGAAGGGAAGAAGUGUUCAGGUCACACCACUCAAGGAUGGCACGCAUGUAUUUACAAUCUAUGACAUCUGUUUGGAUGUGACUGCACACCCUGUGGCCACUGUGUCUGUGUCAGGAGUUGGCAGAGUCGAUGUCAUGGUUAUAGAUAAGGUUGAAGUUCUCAAAGAGGUGCAAGCCAAAGUUCAAGUUUUGGAUCUCAGGGGUGAACCUCUCCUGGCCAGUUUUUUCACACUCAUGGGGCUAAAGUUAGAACCUGCAUCUGACAUCAUUUCACUCAGGCCGCUUCAAACUAACGAAGGAGACAGUGUCACUGGACUAUAUACUGUUUAUGGUGCACAAGUAGGUCACACUACCCUGACUGCCAGCAUCAGUCUACCCAAUCAUAAAGUUAUUCACAGUGCCCCUAAAGCCAUAGAAGUUUUUCCCCCACUCAAGUUGGAGCCCAAGAAUAUAACUCUGAUCAUAGGUGCUGUCUUACAGGUAUUAGCUUUUGGUGGACCUCAACCCCAGAGCAAUGUGGAAUUCUCCAUUAUGGACAAACAUAUUUCAACAGUGUCCACUGGUGGUCUUUUAGAAGCUCAAGAAAUCGGUCAAACUAAAAUUAUAGGCAAGGCUGUUGGGACAGAUUCCUUAACCGGAGAAAAAGUUGUCUAUUCACAGGAUGAUGCCAUAGUAAAUGUCAUUGUAUUGAAAGGCGUAAGGAUUCAUGCACCACUAACAAGAUUACAAACUGGCACAAAGAUUCCAGUGUAUGCUCUUGGGCUAACAGAAAAUGAAACACCAUUUUCAUUUGGCAACACAGUCCCUCCACUGAUCUUUACCUGGACAGCCAGUAGCAGAGAAGUGUUGAAAUUACAGUCAGUUUAUUCUAAAAGUGGCAUCCAACCAUUAUCAGAAAACAAUUUCGCUCAGCAAGCUGUUGCUAUGGAGACUGGCCACGCAACAAUCAAAUUGAAAGUUCAAGUUACACCAGGCAGCCAUCUACAAUUAUAUGGAGAUUCAUUCCUGACAGAUGAGGUUCAAAUCCAGGUUUUUGAGAAGUUAGCUCUCUUGAGUCCAACUGUCUGCCACGGACAAAUUAGAAUCACACCAAACACAGAUACAUUUCUUAAGACCAACAGGGACAUUGCAGCCAGAGUUAGUUAUUACGUGAUAAAUGACAGCCAAGAUACACCAGUGAUACGUGUUUUAGACAAUGGCCAACUGAGAUCUGGCUCCGCCCCAGGGAAUGCAUUUUUACAUGUUGUUUCUGAGGAGGAAUUUGGUAUCAACCAGACGUUGGUUAUAUUAGUAAAGGUGAAGCCUGUUUCCUACCUGAUGAUCAAUUCUGACACUACAAUACUGACGACAUCAGCUAACCAACUGACGGCGGUUCCACUUGGAUCCACUUUGCUGUUCUCCGUCAGUUUCCACGAUGACGUGGGAGAUGAGUUCUAUGCAACCAACAUUCAGCUUGGUAUACGUUGUAGCAGAUAUGAUUUGUUACAUGUGUCUAAUGGUGUAGACAAUAACACGUUGCUGGUGAGGACUGGAGAGUUGGGACAUACUGUUUUAAAGGUGUGGAACAAGAAUAAGCCAUCCAUGGCUGACUAUGUCAACAUACCCGUAGGGCAUGCCAUAGCACCAACACAGGCCACAGUCACACUGGGCUCCAUUAUUUGUUUUCACUCUCCCAUCACAACAGAAUCAGGUAUUGGCGGAACCUGGAUAUCCAAAUCAUCAGCUUUAGAAAUAGAGGAGAGUUCAGGCAUCAGUACAGCGAAAUCAGUUGGAAGAGCAACUAUUAUCUAUACAUUUUCAGCUUUUACAUCGACCAAAACAGAAGUGGUGAUUGAACCCAUCAAAUCAAUUAGCAUUGAUCAAGGUCUAGGUUAUCUGACCAACUCAGCAGUUAAAGGAAGAAAUCCUUUUUUCCAAGUUUCAUUCACUAGUUCUGGCACCAGCAUCAUUGGCACCAAUUGUAGCUCGGUGGUUGUACAGUCAAAAUUCUCGCCAUCGUACAUUCCUUACACUUGCCAACUUGAGCUGCUUCACAAGACUCAGGACAUCUUCAUUGAGGAACUCUUCGGUGUUAAGCCUCACUUUGAUGUGGAGAAAGGCUUACAUGGCUGUCUUGUGCAAGUCAACUCACCAGAGAACAGCAUCCAACGGUUGGCCGUGUUUGAAUCCAAUAUCACACUCAGUGUCCGCGUCCUGUCGUCGCCUGGACAACCAGAGGUCUUUUCCGCCCCGCUCACCUUGAACUUCAUUCCUGCUUUCUAUGUUCACAAUGCUGAGCUCUUACUGACAACUUCCUCACCGCAAGCAUUGCUGAAAGUAUCUGCUGCUGCCAAAGUCGUUCCCGACAUUGAGAUUAGCACAAGUGAUCUGAAUGUCAUUCAAGUCCUUGCUCCAGAAGUCGACUUGGCCAAUAGCAAUGUCAUUAAUUACCCUGUUAAGCUGGUCGACUCGGCUUUGUUGUGGAACAAAGAAAAACUGGACAUCUAUGUUGAAGCCUCUCACAGGCGGACAGGUUAUAAGGUCAAGAUUCCCGUGCUGGUCAAACUUAUUGGACAAAAACCAGAUUCAUCCAAGAUGCACAGACUAGAUCAGAGCUGGUCCUCCAUGUUGAGUUCUACAGUCAGCAACUACCAGUCCUGGUUGAUUAUCUGUUUGAUUGUCAUGCUCACAGCAGCUGCAGUUUUAGUUGGUUAUCAUGCUAUCUUGGGUCCACGUUACAAGGCUUCAUCUAACCCCAAUGUCUUCCUCAACCAAGGUUCAUUGAGUCCUUCACAGUCGGCUUCCUUCAUACAACAGUCGACACCAAUAAGCUCUCCAUCUUAUACUGGCCGACCAUCCCCUACAUCUCCUAAGCUGUGGUCAGUAUCUUACAAUCAACAAGACACUAGAACGUCACCUUACAAAAGGAAUCUUUAUUCAUUGUCACCUCAAUCAAAGUCAUGAUAGUUUCUCAUCUCAGGGACUGCAAGUGUUUUGUGUGUGGAGCUGAAUCUGUGUACUAGCAUGAUGGGCAUUUUAGUUGGCUUAGGGAGAGUAGUGUUGAAUGGUUUUUAAAUCUUGCUGAAUGGUUUGCUGUGUGAUGUUGAAAGUCUUACAGAAUGUUGUUGAAUGGUUUGCUGUGUAAUGUUGAAAGUCUUACAGAAUGUUGUUGAAUGGUUUGCUGUUGAAAGUCCUACAGAAUGUUAUUGAAUGGUUUUCUUUGUUAUUGAAAAGUUUACAGAUGUUCUACAUGGAGAAUGAUUUAAUACUUUGUAGUUUGUGAAUAAAAACUUUGUAAAUUGAAUGCUUGUAAGAGUUCUUCUACAUAAAGAUAACAAUCAGAAUUAAAAUGUUGAUAAAAAAAUCUCGUUUGAUGACCUUUUGAUGAGAAAGUACUCAAGUUCCUGUUUAAUGUCAAUUCAAGAAGUUUCUGUGCCAUUACUUUAUGUUCACCUGUUGAUUUGUAUUUACGAUGACUUUAAUUGAUCAAAUUAAAUGUGAAGUAUUCUAUCUGUGCCUUGUGUUUAAUACAAGUUGUUUUUUUGUGUGUACUUUUUAAUUUGUCUAGUCUAAAUGCACAAGGUUUUUUUUUAUCAGCAAAAGAAAUGUGGUUGUGUUUAGCUUAGACUAUUCUUUAGGUUUCAAGAUUUGUGUAAUUUUAAAAAAAUAGUACUUAUGUAAAUUUUUUAAAGUUUAAAUAAAUAAAUCUGUUCAUUUGAA